UUAUAGCCACUCUUUUUCGCAAUAAACAAAAUGACAAAAAUAGUUUUGUUCUGCGAUAAAGUACCGCGACAUUUGCACACAAAGUCCUUUAUUUGCAUUUUAUAACAAAGCAAGUAGAAAUUGUCCGUCGUCGUCUAUCGGGAAACACCAACGAUAAAUUACAGACAUUUCCUCUCGCCGAUAUUUUCAAGCGCCAUCGAAAGGAGUGAAAUGUCUUCGUUUGUCGAGCGACAGCGUGUCUGUAUAUAUUAACCACAGCCAAGAAGAUGCGCGGCCCCGUGUGGGGUAUAAUGAAUGACCAUAGAUCUACAAUUGACUGCGAACGGUCUCUGAAUCACGAUACAAGAGGCCUGCGUGUUCGUCGCGCCGUCGCAGGGAGAGAAGACACGCGACGUGAGAUCGUGCGCAAAGGCGAAAACGUACGAGACUUUACCAACAUUAUCCUUGCGUGUCCGGUAUUAAAUGCGUUCUAAUGGAUCGAGCCGAGUGAAAUUUAUGUAGGGAACGUCCGAUAGGAAUCUGAAUCCUUCUUCACGAAGAAGCUUCGCUGCACAACAUGGACUUCCGAAACGUCAAUCUCCUGAACGUUCGCACGAACUUGCUUUCGGGCAACUUGCUACCCUUAGCCCCGGGCGACUCGCAAUUUUCGAUGGCGUGGAAAUUAUAUGCCGCCUUAAUGUGGCUGGUUCAAGCGAUACAGGUGAUCGUGUUGAUCCCCGGUAUCAUCAUGGUGCCACGGCAGAAAGCUUUGGUAGACGGCACGGUCACUGCUGUGCUCACCAUCGAGGUGUUCUUCAAUAUCGGGCGGAUUCACAUGCGCAGAAAAUUAGUGGGUCAAGUGAUCCAGCGAAUCAACGACAUUCUGCGCAACGAGGACGAGACCAUGAAGAGGAUUGUGACGGCGACCCUGCAGCCCAUGAAGGCACCCCUCAGGUUUUACUGGGUGGCAGGUGGAUUGUCCGUCAUCCUGUGGGGCUGCAUACCGCUGCCGCUGAUCUUUGAGAAGACCUCCUUCCGUUAUGAGGAUUACAGGAUGCCAGCAGUCUUCUCCAAGCAGCCGUUCUCGGUCGAGAUUUUCCUGAUGGGCAGCAUCUUCGUGCUGAUCGGUAACACUUAUAUCUUUCUGAAGAAAGGCGGAAUGGAUAUUUACAUGAUACACCUCGUACUGUUGAUAACGGCGCAGUAUCGUUAUACCACCACAAAGCUGAAUGCAGUAUUUCGGAAUGCAAAAUUACAAGGGGAGUUGAAACAAUCUCGCCCUGAAGUAGAUCAAUGGGUGGAAAAGGAGAUAAAAGCGUUGUGCCGGCAUCACAUUGCUGUUUUACAGUGCCUAAGGCGGCUUUCCUGGAAGGUUUCCCGAUCUUUAUGUAUACGUGCGGCUCAAUAGUCCAGUUUUACAUAUUGUGUUCUUGCGUGCAACAAUUACAGGACGCGAGCGCAGGCCUGACCGAUGAAGCGUUCCACGAAAAAUGGUACCGAUUUGGAUCGCCCAUAAAACGUACAUUCCUAUUAAUGAUGUUGGGCACGAACUUGGGGUGCAAAAUUUCGACAAACAAUAAAUUCAAUCUAUCUUUGUCUUCGUUCAUGUCGGUAAGAAUUUAUGUUACAUGUAUCAGAAGAAUAUUUGACAUCUGUCUCGAUAAGUCUUCAGCGACCUUUCAGAUCUUAAAUCAAUCGUACUCGAUUGCCCUCGUGCUUUUAUGAACGAGAAGAACAACAAAGAUGUAAACAUCUCGUAGCCUUCUUAGAUAUGAAUGAAUUAUUUUUAGAUUUGAAUGAAAAUUUUUGUAUUGCAAACUGCAGAAAUGACGUUAAAUUUAUAAGUGGACGAAAAUUAAUGCAAGUAGAUAAUAUCAUACAAAAUAAUGCACACAUGUUAAUUGAUUUCAAAAUCACUAAAAUAUAACACCAAUAAUCAGAGAGAUAUUAAAUGUAAAUGUAUUAUAUGAUAUUAAACGUAAA